AUGAAAAAUACACAAAAUAAUCAAAUUCUACGACGCGGACAAAUGGAUACGUUUACCUUUGAGUGCCAACCUCUUGGUGAAUUACGUCGCAUUAUUUUGGGUCAUGAAGGACAACAUGAGUAUCCACUGAAAACAUAUGAAGGUGAUGAAGCUAUGUGGCAUGUUUCACAUAUUACAAUAACUGAUCUAUCAACAGGCAUCAAAUAUGAAUUUCCAGUACGACAAUGGAUUGCUCUUAAUAAUGACGGUGAUGUUUUUGAUUGCGUCAAUAAAAAAGAAUAUUCUACUGUAGAAGAAUAUUAUCGUCGUACAAUUAACUAUAAAAUUAUUGUUCAUACAGGUUAUGUAUCAGGUGCUAAUACAGAUGCUAAUGUAUCAAUUAUACUUUAUGGUACUCGUGGUAAUACUAGUAAUAUACUAUUAAAACAAAAAGGUCACAAUUUAUUUGAACAUGGUGCUGUUGAGGAACUUAUUAUUGAAUGUUUAGAAUUAGGUAAAUUAACUAAAUUACAUAUUGAAUAUCAUAAUUCUAUGUUUUUAUCUGAUUGGUUUCUUGAUAAAGUUGAAAUUAUUAAUAUGGACACACAUGAAAAAGUUAUAUUUCCAUGUAAUCAAAGUUUUACUGGAAAACAUGGUAAUCAUGAAACUCAACGAGAUUUAUUACCAAUUUACACAUCAUAA